ACAUGUACAGUACAUACACAUAUGCAUGUACAUGCACACACAUUCAAGAACGUAUUCGCGUGAUCAAUCGCACUCUGCCAUUUGCCGCAAUGGCUUCGAGUUCGAGUGUGUCAAGAGCUGGCGUAUUGUCUCUGGAACAGGGCACCAAAAUCAACCCUGAUCUUCAGAAGGAGCGCGAUACUGGUACAUUCAACCCAUUGGAUCUGACUUACGAGAUCGAUGGAGGGAAGGACAUUACCGAAAGACGACAAUACAUCGAAUCGCUGGCAUUCAAUGACCCCGACUUCCAGUGCAAAGAUGUCGCCUUUAUGACAAGAGAAGAGAGCUACACUAACAGCAUCAGAAUAGCCACCCUUUGUGUCAAGAAGUUGAAAGAACUCGACAUCAAUGACAUCACCGAAGCCAUGUGGUAUAGAAGAGCUGCCAACAAGAUUGAUGUCCCCCAGUUAUCCCUGCAUGUCAGCAUGGUCAUGCACGCCUUGAGAACCCAGUUGAGUGACGAACAGAAGGACGUGUGGCUGACGAAGGCCCACAACUGGGAGUACCUGGCCACCUAUGCCCAAACAGAACUUGGGCAUGGAACAUUUGUGCGUGGGCUGGAGACUACAGCGACCUAUGACCCUUCCACCGAGGAGUUUGUGAUGCACAGUCCUACUCUGACUUCCAUAAAGUGGUGGCCUGGGAACCUUGGCAAGUCUGUGACUCAUGCCGUGGUUGCAGCCCAACUGUACACCAAGGGCAAAUGCUACGGAAUCCACAUGUUCAUGGUGCCACUACGGAGCCUGGAGGACCAUACGCCUCUGCCAGGCAUUGAGUUGGGUGACAUCGGUCCUAAGUUGGGAUACGCCAACAUUGAUAAUGGAUUCCUCCGCUUCACCCACUUCCGCAUUCCCAGAGAGAACAUGUUCAUGAAGUACUCCCGGGUUGAACCUGAUGGGACCUAUGUCGCCCCACCUGUUGAAAAGCUGUCCUACGGCAGUAUGGUUCUCAUUCGUAGCUUGAUUGUUGGAGGAAUGGGGCAUUGCUUGGCUAAAGGGUCGACCAUUGCUACACGCUACAGUGCAGUCAGACACCAAUCCGAGCUCGUGGCAGGCGGGGGUGAACCACAGGUGUUGGAUUACCAGAGCCAACAGCUGAAGCUCUUCCCCUACAUUGCCUCAGCCUAUGCCUUCCUGUUUGCUGGCAAGCAUAUGCAGGAAAUGUUUGCUGAUAGUGUCAACCAAGUCAGUGCUGGCAACUUCAAUGUCCUGCCUGAGCUGCAUGCCACUGCGGCUGGCCUAAAGGCAUUCACCUCCAACGUAGCCAUACCCGGCAUAGAACAGCUGCGCAUGGCCUGUGGUGGGCACGGCUACUCCGCAGCCAGCGGCUUCCCCUUGCUGUAUGGUAACGAGACGCCAGCAUGCACCUAUGAGGGGGAAAACACAGUCAUGCUGCUUCAGACUGCCAGGUUCCUGAUGAAAUGUGUGCGCCAGCUCAAAGCCGGCACCACCUUCAAGGGCAUCAUGGCAUACCUUGCAGACCACCCUCAGCAACGCUGCAUGGCCCAGUCAGAGGAUGAUUUCUUGAAUGCCAAGACGCUCCUGGAUGCCUACCGCCACCGAGCUCAGAGGAUUGUCUUCCAAGCGGCUACCAAUCUGGACAAGGCAGAAAAGUCUGGCCUGGAGCAGGCUGUAGCCUGGAACCAGCAGCAUCUCUAUCUCAUCAGAGCAGCCAAUGCCCACUGCCACCUGGCUGUCGUGGAGAUUUUCCUCUCUGCCCUCCAGCGUUCCGAAGCCCCGGAAGCCAUCAAGAAAGUCCUGAUGACCAUGUUCCAAAUGUAUGCCAUCCACGGCUUGAGCGAGUACAGGGGAGAGUUCUUGCAGGAUGGCUACCUGACAGGUCAACAGCUGGACGCCAUCGAUCGCAUCUUGAUCCGCCUCCUGAAGGAGAUCCGCCCCAACGCUGUUACCUUGGUGGAUGCUUUUGACAUCGACGACAACAACCUGGCCUCAGUCAUGGGACGUUAUGAUGGCAACGUGUAUGAGAACAUGUACAAGUGGGCCAAGUCAGCUCCCAUGAAUGACAAAGAGGUCAAAGAUGCCUAUCAUCUCUACAUCGGACCAUUCCUGAAGGAAAACCGUGCCAAGUCAAAACUCUAGAGGGAGUUCCAUUCAAGUGAUUUUUGGCACCUGUGCCUGAAGAAGUCACCGGCUUAUCACAGGAUCGUGAAGAAAGUGCUUCAAAAUAAAUUGGUUCAGUUCCUUUUGACACUGCCAUAAAUCGAUUGUCAAAUGAUUUCAGCCAAGGUCGUUAUACACUUCCAAAACUGUCUGGCACACUAGUUGUGUAUCCGUCUGUGUUAAAUUGCUCUAUAUGUACUUAGAUUCAGUUUUGUCUUUACAUGCCUUAGGCACUUCACGCAAUUAAUAUCUAGAAAGUUUUGCACUGUGGAUGCAGUAAUGUCCCAUGGAUAUCAGCAGUGAAUGAAGAAAUACCAUUUUGAAAUCUGACUGAAUCCAUUAUUUCUCAUUCAAAAUCGAAAUUCUAGCAUAAUCCUGUAUCAGGGAAAGGUAGGGGUAAAUGCAGAAACAUUGUUGGAUCUGUAUAUUUCUAGAUAAGGUGAU